UCACUGCGUUCGGUGGUCGUGGUCGGAAAAACGGGGGAAAUGCAAUUAGGCAUAAUAGAGGAAUAUAAUAGAAGCGUUGCAAAGUAAAAAUUGUGAAAACCGAAUGCAAAAGCGUGAAAGGCACACCAACAACUACCAUCGCUGCAAAAUGCCAACGAAACAACGACGACAACAACAACAACCUAGCAAAGUGCCAGCGUUUCAAGAAGUUAGUUUUGUUGUGUGUGCGUGAAAAUCCGACAAAUUAACUUAAUUAAAUAAUCAGGAAAAAUGUAAUCUAAACGCCAACAAGGCAAUAGUGAAAAAAUAAUAAUAAUAAAAAAAAUACAACCGAAACUUCGACGAACUUGUGAAAAAUUAAGCAUCAACAACAACAACAACAACGGUAACGAUAAAUCAACAACAAAAGGCAGAAACGCAGCAGAAAUAUUACAGCAACAACAACAUCAGAAAUAUGAAUGUCUCUUGUACAUGUGUGUAAAAAUGUGUGUGUGUGCGUGUGUGUGUGAGUAAGAAUUGGUGAAAAUUCAAAGGCGCGCGCUGCGACGUUCAACGUGUCAGCAAAGCGGGCGGCAAACAUUGGAAAAUUCAAUACCUCGCCGCUCUUCGUCUACAUGUGUAUGUGUGUCUGCGUGUCUGUGUGUGAAAAGCGGGCAUAAGAACAGAAAAUUUGUUUGCAUUUUUGUGUUGUUGUUGUUUGUCUAUGCAAAAAUAACAAAGUAUAAAACAGCAAAGACGACACAGAGACAGCGACAACAACAACAACAAUAAUAAGCAUAGUAGAGAAGAUUCAAAAGCAAAGUAAACAACAACAACAAUUAACGCUGACUUCCUCUUUGGCAUUUGAGAACGCACUUACCUGCCAGCCAGCCAGCCAGUCAGUCAGUUGCCUGCAAGAACGUCCGCUCGCUCGCUCGCCCGCCCGCCUGCCUGUGAUUUAACCUGCGACCGCUUCCCCCCUCCGCUCCACACAUGCCACUUGCCACGAGGGCCAAUUAAAACGCCCACGACGCGCUCAUUGCAUUUUUGUCGCUUGUGACAGUUUCUUGUCACCGCCGCUCUUUGUGUUUGUGCAAAUGGUCGAGAGCACAGCAAAAUGAUGAACCGAGCAGUGCUGCGACAACAACAACAACAACAACAACUUCCAGACGCCGGCACUACUAGUCAGUAACUUGGCAAAAAGACAACAGCAGCAACAACAAUAACAACAACUAAACACUAGAAACAUAUCCGUAUAAAACAACCGAAAAUAAAAUAAAAUUUCCAAGUCUAACAACAAAUUAUUGUCGUCUUAAAAACAAACACUAACAAAAACAACAACCUCCGGCAACAUGGAUUGGAUAAUUAACGAUGAGAUGGGCCUAACCAUCGGCCAUGUGGUGGGCUGGGCCGCUGCCUCGGCAAUGGUCAUUGGCGGCGUCAUACCGUAUGUGCCGCAAUAUGUGGAGAUCAAGAAGACCCAAGAUGCUGAGGGCUUCUCCCUAUACGUCUGUCUGUCUCUGCUGAUAGCCAACUCGCUGAGAAUUCUGUUCUGGUUCUCCAGCCGCUAUGAGCUUCCAUUGCUCGUACAGAGCGUAGUCAUGAAUGUCACAAUGUUCCUAAUGAUACAUCUGUGCGUUAAAGUUAAACGUGUCAAUGCCAACAAUCGGGAGCACACAUUGCGAGGCGAUGAGUUGCACCUCCCCAAAGUAAUGACGGACACGGAUAUCGCCGCCUCUGUUUCCACCGAUGCGGGUGUACUAAAACGUGCCCGCUCUAGGCACUACUUGAAUGAUCUCAAUUUCAGAUAUUUCUGGAAUUGGACAGAUUUUCAAUCGUAUCUAGACUUCAUGCUGGUCGUUUGGGCCCUAGGCGCUGCCAUUACCUAUUUAAUGUUAUCCGUUCACUGGUUCAUGGAAUCCAUGGGCUUUGUGGCUGUCUUUACAGAAGCCAUGCUAGGCGCACCUCAGUUUCUACGCAAUUUCAAGAAUAAAUCAACAUAUGGUAUGAGCAUACACAUGGUCAUUAUGUGGACGCUCGGUGAUAUGUUUAAGACUGGUUACUUUAUUGUUAGGAAAGCACCAUCACAAUUUUGGAUCUGUGGCACACUGCAGGUCAGUCUGGACUUGGCCAUAUUGGUGCAGGUCUGGGCGUAUCGCAAGAAUUCCAAGCCGCGAGAUCUGCGUCGCGGAGAUUAGCAGUUUGCCCCCGAAGAACAACAACAACAACACGAUGUACACAUUAAUUCCGACGAGCAACAACUCUCGUUGCCCAAUACUAUAAGCAGUGGAGACGACCAUUUGCUGACCGCCCGUGCCGAUGACGAACACUUCAAGAUACCAGAGUACUCGCAGUGCCACGACAAUCGCGCCUUUCAAUACCACAACAACAAUAUGCUGCCGCGUUCCGCAGGCAGUGGCAAGAGUGUCAAAGCCGAUGGCAGCGUCGCAUUGGACGCACUGGAAGUCGUCAUUGUGCAUCCGCAGGGCCACAAUGCGCCAAAUGGCCGGAUUGGUGGUGGCCACAAUAGCUGCUGUCGUCGCCAUGGCGCCCGGAAGCGGCACAACGCCACACAGACGAAUGCCACGCAUCUGGACUCCUGCUGCUGUUGCCGCAGCAGCAACGAUUGCUUCUCGCAUGGCGAACUGGAAAUGAGCUGCCAUUGUCAUAUAACGCAUCAUCAUCAUUGCCAUCACCAUUACUCGCCCGCCGCCACAGCUGAGAGUACAAAGCGACGCGCUUUGGUGCGCACGCGACGUCAUCGCCAUCGGCAUCACCAUCAGGCGCAGGAGCAGGAUGAGCCACAACAGCCGCACCUGCAUACGCAUUCGCACUCCCAUCAGCAUCUGCAUUCACAUCAUCGUCAUAGCAAGCACGCCUCGGAGCAAUUGCGACGACUUCCAGCCGGCGGCCACAAAGCCAAUAGCAACAAACACACCACCAACGACAACAAGUCUUCCCUAGACUCCAGCGAUGAGCAAUUGCCGCAGCAACGGCAGCAGCAGCAGUCGAUGAUGCAUCAGACCAUUGCCAUUGAGAUUGAUGCGGCGACCAUGACGGAAGAUAACAGCAGCACGGCCACCUCCAAUUUUCCCUACAAGGUGGCCAGCGAGGGUGGCGGCGUUCCCAUCAUCUUGGCGCCCCUACGCGAGCAGCAUCGACAGCGCCCUAGACGGCGUGGCUCGCUGAACUCCAACACCACCAUCGAGACAGACGAGCUGUCGCAGGAUGCGGACGAUGAUGACGACGACGAUGACGAUGUGCACAUAGCCGGCUUGGACGCCGACGCGGACGACGACGCCGAUGACGAUGAUGAGGCGCAGCUGACGCCACGACGCAACAAACGCGUCACAGCCAAUGGAGCGCCCUCCAGCUCGAGCAGCACAGCGCGCGCCUGUGCCGGCGCCCUGCCCCGCAACGAGUGUGUGCGCAUCAAGCGUAAGCGUUUCAUGCCCGACGCUGUGCAGGAUUACUGCAGCAGCUGUUCACGCUGCUCGAGCUGCAGCUGCGGACAGGAACGCACCAGCUCCUGCAGCAGUCUGGACGACUUGGGCGACGAUAUGCGCGCCCAUGAGCUAACGGUGGCAGCCGAGUGCCAUCACUGCAAUCUACAGCCGCAGGAGCCAGUCGAGCUGGAGCCAACCAACAACAAUGCGGUGACCAGCCGACGCAGCAGCGUCAGUUUCGGCUCUUGCCACACGUCCAGCUGUUGUUGCUGCAACAGCAGCAACUGCGAGGAAGAGGAGGGGCAUAACAAUGAUGAUGAGGAUGACGAGGAUGAGACGACGGGACAGCGCGAGUCCUUCUGCACGGCAGCCGAUCACACCAUAAAGAGCACGGUCACGCCCUUGGGUGCUGACGCCGAGGACUGCCACAGCAGCACACUGACGCCACUCACCACACAGCAUUCCUCGCUGCUGGAGGAGGACAACAAUGCCGAGCAUACAAUGCGCAGUGAGGGCGAUGGUGGCGCUGGCACGCUUACCGAUGCCGAUGCCUCAUCGCUGAGUCAAUCAGCAGAAUACUAUUCCGUAUCCUCGGCGGCAGCGGUGCAGCCAUCGCUCACCAAAUGCUGUCUGGACACCACGCAUUGCGGCAAGCCCUGCAAGCAUUGGAGCAAGCACCAUAGCCGGCAUAAACGCAGCUCUUCGCCACUGGACUCGCAUUUAUGACGAAGCGUUUCGCUGGUCAGUUGGCCAGCAAUCGAUGUGAAUGCGUUGCUGCAGCAGACGAUACGGAAGGCGGCUGUGUUGCAGGAAUCGCCGGUGCGUCGUAGGCUCUUGCCACCGCCACCACCGUUGCCGCCGCCACCACCACCAGCAGUUGCUGUGCAACUGCUGCACACCACAGCCGGCAGCAACGACAGCUCCACUGCCACGCUCACGCCCUCCGUCAUCACUGUGGCCAAAUAUCCGCCGAGCGGCUCUGCCGGCAGCUCCAUACAGUCCAUCCAUACAGUGACCACACUCUGCAGCGGCAAUGGACGCGCUGUCGUCACCACUGCCAGCACCAGUGGUGCAAACAACAGUGGCGGCUCUGCACCCGGCACCGCACGUACCAAGCGAAGCUCCAAAUUCUCGCCAGUCGCCUCCGAUGCGCACAGCUGCGAUCCGUUGCUGUUCAGCCAGGAGCGACGCUCAGCAGAGAUUAUCUUAUAAAGUGAGAGAGAUAUAGUAGUAGGGCCAAGGAUCGUUUAUACCUCGUUGGCUGUGCACCAAACAAACAAACAAACAAGCAAACAUAUUACUGUUUGCAGAGAUCUGUGUAAUUGCAAUUUGGAAUUCAUGUGCAGACACAUUUAUUUCGUAUUGACCUGUUCAUUAUGUUGUUAUUCGGGGGUUCUCCACUAAAAUUAUUUGUACAUUUUUAUAAGAUUACCCAAAAUUGUGUAAAAUUAGUACUAAAUACAUACAUGUUUCUAACAUAA